CUUAAAAUGAUUGGCUACCUCGCCACGCGUAACGCGUGACGCGUCCUGUGUGCAUUGAGCCAUACCCCCACCAUCGUAAUGCUCUCACCAGUCUCCAGUCCUCCAUGUUUUAUCCACUCUACCGAUUCUACCUAGUCUACCUUCAAUUAAUUCUUGUUAUCGCUAACGUCUUGUUGGAAUGGAGAUGUAAGCGUGAUUAUUUUAAAAUCAUUUAUUAUUCCUACAUAUAUAUUAUAGAGGAACAUUGUUAGUCCUUGAGAGUGAAAGUCAGAAAUGGGCGAUAUAAAAUCCUUUUUCCACCAGUGGUGCGCGAAGAACGGAAAAGAACCUCAAUUUGACGUUAGACCAACAGGACCGAAGCACAGACAACGUUUUCUCUGUGAGUUGCGAAUACCCGGCUUCGAUUAUGUUGGCGCAGGAAAUUCGACCAACAAAAAGGAUGCACAGGGAAACGCCGCGAAAGAUUAUGUCAACUAUUUAGUGCGUACGAAUCACGUCAACCCAAAUGAUGUACCGAAGGAUUUUCCGAUGAUGCCAACAAUGGCAACGGAUAGUAUCAAGACCGAAUUUCCAAUGCCAACAAAAUCUGUGUUCCAAGGUGGCAUGGGACCAAAUGACAUCGGCCAAGCAUAUAGGCCAUACAAUGAACGUGGUCAAAGCAAUUACACAUACAUGGAUAGGUUGGCUGAUCAAAAGAAAGUGGAGGACGCAGAGGAUGUUGACGUAAACUCUGGGAUUCAUGGAAACUGGACAAUAGAAAACGCCAAGUCCAAGCUUCAUCAGUUUAUGCAAACUAACAAAAUUAAUUCUGAUUACAAAUAUACUCCGGUUGGUCCGGAUCACACGAGGAGUUUUAUGGCAGAGAUGACACUUUACAUUAAACAACUUGGACGAAGUAUAACUGGCCGCGAAACUGGAUCAAACAAACAAACAGCUUCAAAAAGUUGUGCUUUGUCUAUUGUACGUCAAUUGUACCAUUUAGGUGUUAUCGAGGGAUUUAGUGGUACAUUAAAAAAAAAUAAAGAUGCUGAACAGAUGAAAGCUUAUCCUGUUAAAAUUUCACCAGAACUGGGAAAUCAAAUCCAGGAUGUCUUAAUGAGUUUGGAUAUAAAACCUAUUGAUGUCAAACAGCAGUCAUAUGAAUUAAAGGAAGAAAGUCGUGCACCGGAAAAUGGAAAUGAUACAUCAACUGGCGUAUCUUUAUUGACGAAUCAAGUUUUGGACGACUUUAUAUCUUCUGUACCACAACCUGCUGGCGUUGUAAGUUGGUCGCCACCUCAGCCGAAUUGGAAUCCAUGGACUGGAUGUAAUAUAGAUGAAGGACCAUUGGCAACAACGUCUCUAGAUCAAUUGUCGGAAGAUUUGAUGAAAGAGCAGCGUGAUAAGUUGCAGCAAGAUACUAGUUUGCAGGCGAGCACCAAGGAAAGAUCGAAUUUGCCUGUUUUCAACAAAAAAAACGAGAUCAUGAACGCGGUUAAUGAAAAUCCAAUUAUUAUUAUACGCGGAAAUACGGGAUGCGGCAAGACUACACAGGUUUGUCAGUUUAUUCUAGAUGAUUACAUCGCAUCCGGCCAGGGUGCGUAUUGCAGUAUAGUUGUUACUCAACCGAGACGAAUCUCGGCCGUGUCCGUGGCUGACCGAGUCGCCCUUGAGAGAUGCGAAACUCUAGGACAGUCGGUCGGAUAUUCCGUGAGAUUUGAGUCAUAUCUGCCGAGGCCUUAUGCUAGUAUAAUGUUUUGCACUGUGGGUGUGCUCUUGAGAAAGCUAGAGGGUGGCCUCAGAGGUGUAUCGCACGUAAUCGUCGACGAGAUCCAUGAACGAGAUGUCAAUUCAGACUUCAUCAUGGUAGUACUCAGAGACAUGAUCCAUCUCUAUCCCGAUCUCAGGAUUAUUCUUAUGUCUGCUACAAUCGACACGACACUGUUCAGCGAAUAUUUCAACAAAUGUCCUGUGGUGGAGAUUCCUGGUAGAGCGUAUCCUGUCCAGCAAUAUUUCUUGGAGGAUUGUAUACAGCUGACGAAUUUUGUUCCACCUACAAAUUCCGGAAAACGUAAAACUAAGGAUUCAGAAGAAUUACCAAUAACGGAUGGAGAGCCGGAAGAAAAUUUGAACAAAGUCAUUGGCAAUAAUUACCCUAUUGAAACGAAAAACGCUAUGGCACAACUAACGGAGAAAGAGAUAAGCUUUGAAUUAAUAGAAGCGCUACUUAUAUAUGUUAAAAAACAAGAGAUUCCAGGUGCUGUGCUGAUUUUUCUCCCUGGUUGGAAUUUGAUAUUUGCGCUGAUGAAACAUCUUCAGCAACAUUCUGUAUUUGGCGGAUCAUCUUAUCUUAUUAUUCCGCUGCAUUCACAAUUACCACGAGAAGAUCAGCGUAAAGUCUUUGAUCCUGUACCGCCAUACGUAACGAAGAUUAUUUUGUCCACAAAUAUUGCAGAAACUUCGAUCACGAUCAACGAUGUUGUCUACGUUAUAGAUUCUUGUAAAGCUAAAAUGAAAUUAUUCACUUCUCAUAAUAAUAUGACCAAUUAUGCAACUGUGUGGGCCAGUAAAACUAAUCUCGAACAGCGCAAGGGUAGAGCGGGUCGCGUUAGACCCGGCUUCUGCUUCCAUCUGUGUUCGAAAGCUCGAUUCAAUAAGAUGGACGAACACAUGACACCGGAAAUGUUCCGGACGCCUUUGCACGAGCUGGCGUUGAGCAUCAAGUUAUUAAGAUUAGGCAACAUUGGUCGAUUCUUAUCGAAGGCGAUUGAGCCGCCUCCCAUCGAUGCCGUGAUUGAAGCGGAAGUCGUAUUGAGAGAAAUGAAGUGCUUGGAUAAAAACGACGAAUUAACGCCUCUCGGCAAAAUCUUGGCGCGUUUACCUAUAGAACCGCGGCUUGGAAAAAUGAUGAUCCUAGGAUGCAUGUUUCGCGUGGGCGACGCACUCUCUACGAUGGCUGCAAAUAGUACCACUUUCCCCGAGGUAUACAAUAUGGGCCCGGAUAUGAGAAGACUGACUACUCAGCAAAAGUGGUUUGCCGGCGCUAGAUUCAGCGAUCAUGUCGCAAUGUUCCAUGCUUUUCAAGCAUGGGAAGAAGUGAGAACUGGUGGCGAGUGGGCAGAACAGUCGUUCUGCGACUCAAAGAGCCUAAGUCUACCGACUUUACGAAUAACCUGGGAAGCUAAGAAUCAACUGCAAGCGUUAUUGCAAAGCGCUGGUUUUCCCGAAGAAACUCUGUGUCCAAUCCCAUUGAAUUAUCAAGCAAGUGCGGAUGCGCGUCUUGAUACCAUCACCGCGUUAUUGUGUAUGGGCUUAUAUCCCAAUGUGUGCUAUCAUAAAGAAAAGCGGAAGGUCCUCACCACAGAAUCCAAGGCCGCGCUGAUUCAUAAGACGUCGGUGAACUGCAGUAACUACGAGCAGAACUUUCCGUUCCCAUUCUUCGUGUUCGGUGAAAAGAUUCGCACGAGAGCCGUAUCUUGUAAACAAAUGACUAUGGUGUCACCUAUACAUCUGUUAUUGUUCGGAUCACGAAAAGUGGAAUACGUGGAUGGCGUGAUUAGACUAGAUAAUUGGAUCAACUUGGAUAUGAAUCCGCAACACGCAGCGGCCAUAGUUGCUUUACGACCCGCUUUGGAGAGUCUCGUGGUUCGGGCAUCCAAGGAUCCAGAAACGAUUCUAGAGUUGAAUCCAAUCGAAGAAAAGGUGUUGAGUGUAAUCAAGGCGUUAUGCAGCAUGAACGCUUGCCGUCAUGAGUUGGAGCAGAUAACUGGCGGCGUUGGAUUCCAAUCGCGACCGAGAGGACACGCUUAUCACUCCAACUUCAACACUCCACCGAAAAUGAUGCGCGGAAGCGGCGGUUAUCGCGGCUCAAAUAGUGAUUCUUAUGGCGGGAAUGGCGGUUUUAGUGGCCAUCGUGGCGGUGGAUACAGAGAUGGCUACAGCAACAGAGGAUACGGUAAUCCGCGCGGUCGAGGAAAUUGGAACGGCGGUGGCAGAUUUCGUGGACGUUACUCUAAUUAAAUUUUAUUUACAUUAACUGUAUUAGAUUAAACUUUAUGGACUAUAUGAAUCACUUAGACAUACUCGAUAAGCUUUUGCCGAACAUUAUAUGAAUAUUACAUUAUUAUAUAAUACUACUAUUAUAUAAAAACUUAAUACGAAACCACCAUACUGUCAGAGAUGGGACUAUAGGAUGUAGUGGACGUAAGGUACAUACUUGCCUCAUAUCAAAAAUUUGAAAGAGUGCAAAAAUAGUAAUAUGAAUUUUAACUUAUUUGUAACAGUUCGUAAUUAAUUUAAUAAAAACAUGUAUUUACAUGGUUUUAUUAAAUUAAUAUGUUAAAUAUCACUAAUCAGUAAUUUACUAAAUUUUACAUACUGUAGAAGAAAUAUUUUUAUUACUAAAGGGCACAUUUUUUUUACUUUGGACGCCGAAAUAAUUAGUCCUAACUCUGCAUAAUCAAAGCAUAUGCUAUGUAGAAUCACAUAAUUUAAUUAUAUAUAAUAUGUCAAUUUUGUGUUCUGUUACUUUUGAUGCUUGUACGAAUAAUAAGAGUUCUUUUCUUUAUCUCUUUUUAUUCAUAAGAAAUCUUUUAAGUCAUUGUUGUUUAUGAUAUGAUCACAAAUAAAUUGCAAUAUACUCAUCAUA